CCUUUAUCUUGAGGAAAGAAACUUUCGGUUUAAUUUUGCGCCUAAAAAAAUGUUUCCUUCGCUUGCGUUAUCGACGGCACCAAUGGCCUUGACGAUUAUCUCUGCCACGAGACGGUCCCAAGUCACGCAACUUAACGCAAAGAAAACCAAGCUGGAGAAGAAGCGGGCAACGACGACGACGUCGACGAGCGGUUUCUCCGGCAGAACAUCGAAGGAGCUGACGUGGCAAUGCAUAGAAGGAUGUGGAGCUUGCUGUAAGCUUGCGAAGGACUUCGCUUUCGCCACGCCUGACGAAAUCUUCGACGACCCUGAUGAUGUAGAGCUGUAUCGAAGCAUGAUUGGUGAUGAUGGAUGGUGCAUAAACUACGACAAAGCUACACGCAAAUGCUCCAUUUAUGCUGAUCGUCCAUAUUUCUGCCGGGUUGAGCCAGAGGUUUUCAAGACUCUCUACGGGAUUGAAGAGAAGAAAUUCAACAAGGAAGCUUGCAGCUGCUGCAUUGAUACCAUUAAGACGAUACAUGGCUCAGAUUCCAAAGAACUAGAAAAUUUCAACCGUGCAAUCAGAAGUAGUCCAAGCUCGAGUUAACAGCGUGAUUAACUCCAAGGAAAGAGAUAAAUCAAAGGUUAUUACUCACCGGAGUCAAGCUUGGCACAACCGUGGCAGACAAAAGUAGCAUUGAUCUCUUUUUCCUUAAAGUGCAUAUAGAUUUGGCUAGCCGAGAAAUCAGAAGGACAAAGCUCCCAUUCAUCAAACUCUUUGUCUGAUAUCAGACUGCCUUGCUCAUAGAUUCCACAUCGCUUACAUUUUUCGCCACUGAUCUCAGUCAUAGGCUGUGUAAUAGGCAACAUAUAGAGAAGAAACAUCUAAAUUGUUACAAUC